GAACCGGCGAGGGAAGGGGGAGGGAGAGUGGGCGGAGCCUUGGCGGCGGUUGGUCUCGUUGCGGCAGAGUGGGCGGAGCCUUAGCGAGCAGAGGCGCAGAAUAUGACUUCACGCGCUCCGCACGUGACGAAAGGGGGGCGGGGCCCAGGUGCUGGGGAGGCGGAUGGCUUCUUCUCCUUGGAGCAGGUCACACUGAAAAGAUGGCAACUAAAUUACUGAGAUUCCUGACUGGAUCUUCACAGACAAUAAGACAAUGCCAACACUUUCACAAAAACGGGCAUCUCAUGUCAAGCAAAUUUUUUCAAGGGAUAGCUAGCAACUCUGUAUCAGAAGAUAGACACAUCACUCAGUGCAUUCCAAAGGCAGCUGCUUCUGGCUUAUCUGGUGUUGGUAUACAGGCCAAGACUUGGUGGAGGUGGAGACUACAAGCUAAUGUUACUACUGCAGCAGAGACUGUGAAUUACUCGACUACGGAUAUUUGUUUUCGAUUCAGGGAACCAUUCAAGUUCAUAACAAGUUAUAAACACAAUCCAAUUUUUUUAAGAACACUUACUGAUAAACCAAUUCGAUAUUAUUCGGUUUUAUCAACAAGUACUGUUUUGCCAAGUCAAGGUACUGUGCCAACUAAAAGGCCACCAAAGGCAUCUAGGACCAAGCAGCCAUCUAGAGCUAACCUACCUCUGCCAUUUGAAACUGAGGACCUGAUGCAGUGCACAGCCUUUGCAACAGCAGAUGAAUAUCAUCUUGGUAACCUGUGCCUUGACCUGACAUCAUGUGGAUAUGUUGAAGUAACAACAUUACCUAGAGAUGCAGCAAAUGUUUUGGUUAUUGGAACGGAAAAUUCAGCAAAAGAAUAUGAUCCUGGGAUGAUUUUUUUCUUCAGGGAAGGAUCUGUUGUGUUCUGGAAUGUUGAAGAAAAAACGGUGAAGAAUAUAAUGCAGGUCCUGGAAAAGCAUGAAAUUCAGCCAUAUGAAAUUGCACUAGUUCAUUGGGAGAAUGAAGAGAUUAAUUACAAGAGAGGAGAAGGGCAGUCAAAGCUUCAUAGAGGAGAAAUCUUGAUAAAUUCAGAACUAGAUGCUGAUGAAGUCACUCUAGAGAAGUUUGCUUUUUCAAAUGCUCUUUGCCUUUCUGUAAAACUGGCCAUUUGGGAAGCAUCUGUGGAUAAUUUUGUAGAAUCUAUCCAGUCAAUACCGGAGAUACUAAAAUCAAGACGGAAGGUGAAACUGUCUCAUGCUGAUGUGAUGCAGAAAAUUGGGGAACUGUUUGCGUUGAGGCACCGCAUAAAUCUAAGUUCUGAUCUUCUGAUUACCCCGGAUUUCUAUUGGGAUAGAGAGCACCUUGAACAGCUAUAUGAUAAAAUGUGUCAGUUUCUCAGUAUUAAUCGCAGAGUUAAGGUGGUGAAUGAAAAGCUCCAGCACUGCACAGAGUUGACAGAUCUGAUGAGAAAUCAUUUGAGUGAAAAACAUGCUUUGCGCUUGGAAUGGAUGAUAGUGAUACUCAUCACCAUCGAGGUCAUGUUUGAACUUGGUAGAGUGCUUUUCUGAUCAUGAAUGGCAACCAGUGAAUAGUAACCAAAAACUAUGACAAGUUUGUGGAGAUAACCCACAGAACCUCAUUUGGUGGAAUCUUCAACUUUAUUCUUCACACUUGUUGAAAGUUCAGCAACUGCCAUAAUAAAUGUAUGGACACUUGCUGCUUACAAUAAUUGAAAUCUAUGGAAGUAGGCCAUAUUUUAAAUCUAUCAUACUGCUGGAAAAGUCUUCCUAUGAUUCCUCCUUACCAAAGCCUGCAGUUUAUUUGGUGUGCUGCAGGAAACUGUGCAAUAAAUAAUACAAUCUGCCACAUUGAGAAAUAUUAAUAUAAAAGUGGUAGACUUCUUUGCAUAAUUGACACAUUCAGCAAAAUCAAGUUUUUCUUAUACUGUGUGCACACGAAUGUUGGAAAAUGUACUGGAUUCCCUAUUUUGCCAGCAGAUGUCCAGCUUGGAUAGUCUCUUCACACCUCACCUCCUGAACAGAAAUCUUCUCUCAAGAUUGCCUAUUUUAUUUUUCUUAAAUUCUGCUCAAAUUUGAAAGUACAGAAACUCUUUACAGAUGAUGAACUGUGUAAACAACUUCAUAGUUGAUGAGAACUUAACUAGACUGGCCCUCUUAAUUAGCUUAUCAGCAAAAUUUAGUAAGUUUUGUUAACUGCCAUCAAGUUGACGUCAACUUACGGUGACCCUGUGAAUGAGACACCUCUAAGUCCUCCUAUCAUCUACUGCCCUGCUCACUUCUUGCAGACUCAGAGCCUUGACUCCCUUGAUUGAAUCUGCCCAUGUACAGUUCAGUCUUCCUCUUCUCUUACUGCAUUCUUCCUUACCAAUCAUUAUUUUCCAGUGAGUCAAGUCACAUUCUCUCAGCCUGAGGAUGGCAAUGGGAAACCCUCUCUGAAGAAACUUGCCAAGAAAAACCCUUGAUAGGCUCCCCUUGGGUUUGCCAUAAGUCAGAAAUUA